GAGUGGACGCAUCUACGUUCUUUAUUCUUUACGACGUUUAACUACGAUUAAAUCAUUAAGAUUACAUUAAUUAUUAAGAUAUAAAUAAAUACGUAUCAGUGUUUAUUAGAAAAAAAUACACGUGAUAAAUUUUAAAAAUCUAAAAUUUAGCUUCUGUGACAAGUGAAAAAAGAUAGAACAAGAAUAGUUUAUUUAUUGCCUAUUAAAUUUUAAAAAUAUGAUUAAAUAGAAAGAGUAAUUUGUGUUUUAUAAUAAUUGUUAUAAUGAAGACUGUUCGUAAGAAAUAACUGUGUAAACUGUGCAUGAAUAACUUAGUUUUUAAGUAAAAUAUUUAAAAUGUUUUCGAGAAGAAAAUGUCAGAUUUUAAUAGCAUGCCUCGUUUUAUUUGUAAAGUUAAUUGCGGGCCAGAGAGAGUCAGUCGUGCUCCUUCGUUCCAACAUUACCCGUCUGACGGCGAGAGUCAUAAGAGCUGCCGGCUUCGAUCUUCAGCAAGUUGAACAUUUGUCUGUGAUGGACGCGCCUAAUUUAGAACACGUUGCGGUUGAAGAUCUGACCAAAAUGCCUAAUCUCAAAUCUUUUUUUAUAACACAAGCACCGUUGUUGCAUAGAAUCCCACCGCUACCAGCGCUGCCUGAACUGCGCACAUUUAUUAUAACGACAUCAGGUCUGGUGGAAGUUCCUAACUUGAGUCACGUUCAUGACAAGAACAGCGCGAACACAUCCCUGCCGUACUUGCAGGCCAUAGACCUCGAAGGCAAUCACAUAAAACGUAUCCCGAGCCACGCGCUGCGAGUCCGGGCUGACCAAGUUUCAUUGAAUUACAAUUUGAUAGAGGAAGUUCCGGCUCAUGCUUUUAAAAAUUCACAAAUAUCAAAAUUGAGUUUCAAAGGAAAUACUAAGUUAAAGAAAUUGGAUGAUAUGGCCUUUGCUGGUAACCUGCUGUUACGACAACUGGACCUAAGCAACACAGCCAUCACGUCGCUUCCUACGAAAGGUCUAGAAAAGUUACAAAUCCUUAGAAUAGAAAAGACGCCUUCGCUAAAAUACAUUCCAUCAAUAUAUGAAUUUCAACACUUGGAGAAGGCGUUUCUGACGCAUCACUUCCACUGCUGCGCUUUUGCCUUCCCGGAGAGACACAACCCCGCCAGACAUGCGCUGUACGAAACGCAGCUAGCGAUCAUGGCGCAGAAAUGCGGUAAAAACAACGAGAAGAAAACUUCGGAGCCAAGAAAACGAUCCAUAAAUCUAAAUCCUGACAUAAAACGAUCGACCAGAAGUGUCUACGAUGAUACUUCGACUGAAAGCCAGGAUAACGGUUCGUGGGCAAGCGACGAAUACUUCUCAGACUCCGGCAGCUUCGAAGACUACGAUCAAGGAGACUUCCACGAACCGGUCAACAACAGUCUGGGCGUUACCUAUUUUGCUGAAUGCGGCAACUUUAGCUUAAGCCGACGUGAAGUGGAAUGUACUCCGCUGCCAGAUGCUCUAAAUCCUUGUGAGGACGUGAUGGGCUGGUCGUGGCUUCGGGCCAGCGUUUGGUUCGUGAUAGCGGCAGCUGUGGUCGGAAAUAUAGCCGUUUUAUUAGUCCUCUUAACAAAUCACACUGAACUUACUGUACCAAGAUUUCUCAUGUGCCACCUUGCUUUUUCCGACCUUUGCACAGGAUUGUACCUCUUCAUGAUAGCAGUCGUGGACCUCAGGUCUUACGGAGAAUUUUUCAACUACGCCUACGAUUGGCAAUACGGCGUGGGGUGCAAAAUAGCUGGUUUCUUGUCUGUAUUCUCUGGUCAACUGUCAGUCUUCACUCUUACUAUAGUGACGCUAGAGCGUUGGUUUGCAAUUACAUACGCAAUUUACUUAGAGCGAAGAAUUUCAUUGGGAGCUGCAGCGAAAAUUAUGAUUGGCGGUUGGAUGUUCUCUAUACUUAUGGCAGGUUUGCCUCUAGCUGGAGUUUCGGAUUAUUCUUCGACUUCUAUUUGUUUACCGGUUGAAAGUGAAGGAGUUGAGGACGCAGUUUAUCAAGGGGGGUUGUUCCUGACAAAUGCAGUCGCAUGGGUGACGAUAGUGGUAUGCUACGUACAGAUUUACAGAUCAUUAGGAGGAGGUGGUGAGAAGUAUGGGGGUAGAGGAGCCGCAGCAGCGGCUGAAAGACGGAUAGCGAAUAAAAUGGCCCUCCUUAUUGGAACGGAUUUACUGUGUUGGGCACCUGUUGCAUUCUUUGGUGUAACAGCGCUGGCUGGUGUACCGUUGGUCGAUGUUAGUCACGGGAAAGUACUUCUAGUUUUCUUCUAUCCUUUAAACGCGUGUGCUAAUCCAUUUCUCUACGCAAUCCUGACGAAACAGUACCGCAGAGAUCUCAUAACAUUAAUCGCCAGGACAGGACAGUGUAAUUGGUUGGUGGAAAGGUAUAAAUUAGCAGCGACUCCCCCUCCAACAGCACAUACCAACCCUUCAGCACCAGCAGCGCUUGUUCCUCUAGUGGAUUACAAUAGAUCGGUAUCACAAGUCACAAAGAAUGGAGAAGCAGGUAUAUUGUAAUUAUAAGAAAGCCUUAAAAUAUUAUUUUUAUUAUAGGAAUAUUUAUUCUAAAUAGUCUUUCAUUUAUGUCUGUUGAACAACUUUUGUGUAAAUUUU